UUUAAAGCAGGAGGUGCAUUCUUACAAAAUUUGCAUUAAUAGAAUAAUAUUUGGCGUAAAAAAGGGUUAAAACUUUGUGACUCUUCAGUACUCCAACUGGGAAUUGUGAGAGAAAAUUUCAUCACUUGUUCAUUUUACUUUUUGUAAGGCUCUUUAUUCGCCUUUAAACUACAGAUAAGGGAUUGUGUGUAAUAAUUGCUUGCAAGAAAAUGUAACACCCCCAGUGUUGAAGAUGCAAGGCCACACUAAUAGCUGCACCUGGUCUGCUGCUGUGCAAAGAUAAGGUGGCAACAUCACAUGAAGAAACUGUUCCCGUGGGAUCGAAAGGAGUUAGCCUACCCACGCGUCUACAAGAAGAACAAGGCACAAGGCCGAACAGUUAUAUUAGCGUAAAUUUACUAACCCCACCCUAGACUGUAUAAAUAUCCGUAUUCUGUUUAUCCCAGUGUGACUCUCUCUGGGAGGCUCAUCCGUGUGCGCGCACAAAUAAAUGGACUUUUUUGCAAUCUGACUGUCUCGCUCAACUGAGUCUUUUCUUCCUACCACAGAAUACAUUUUCGUAUCAACAGUCUGCACAAGCACAGCUCUACUCAGUUCUGAAGCCUUUUGAAAUAGUGUCGUACCGAGUUCCCGCUGCUGUAGGUGAGAAUCAGUAUCAGCCGUGUGAUGCAGUUACCAGAUAGGACAGUGGAGGCAGACUGCACGCACUUAUGGUUUUCAAGCUUUCGUUGAACGGUGGCAGCCUUUGACACCGCCUUCGAGCAGGAAGAGAGAAGCUGAGUACAGGCCCUGCCCCGUUUGCUUUCAACACCGGCACCCGGGUACAGGAAGCAGUGGCAGGAGAGUGUUUAACAGAAUGGCUCGAUCAAAUGGGCUUAAAAAUGACAGAAAAGUUGAUUUAUCUGGAAAGAAGCUUAAAGUCAUACAGUGGGAGGACCUGGCACCCACCGAAAACAUUGGGAUCCUAGAUUUGCAGCGGAACAAACUGAAAGAUGUCAUGGUGAUCUCCAGGCUGUCUUGUCUGAGAGAGCUCAACCUGACUCGGAACCAGAUUGUUGAAUUUCCCAAGGAGCUGAAGGAACUCCAUCACUUGGAGAAGCUCUACCUGAGCCAGAACAACAUCCGAAGCAUCCCAGAGGGAGUGUUCUCAUGCCUCAGCAAACUGAGCUUUCUCAGACUAAACACGAACCGCCUGGUGGAACUUCCCAGUGAUGUGUGCCAAUGCCAGAAUCUCAGGUACGUGAACCUGUCCAACAACUACCUCAAUGAUCUGAACGUACUGGUGGGUCUGCCCAGACUGGAGGAGCUCUAUGUGGACAACAAUCGUCUGUUGGAGCUUCCUGGGGAGCUCUUUCUGAAUACGGACCUGCGCAUGAUCAAGGCCUCUGGUAACCAUCUGAGGAAGCCUCCUGCAGAAGUAUGUGCGGGGGGUGUAAAGAGCAUCCAGCACUACUUAAAAAUGCUGGGGGACAACCCUUUGUGUGAGAGACGGGUCAAAACCAUGUUCCUGGGCUCCACUAUGGCUGGCAAGUCCACGCUGUGCCGUAGCCUGAUAGAGGGUGACUCUGUGCAAGUGGAUGCCAAUGAUCGGACUGUGGGCAUUGAGAUCAGCGAACUGGACCAGGAAGGGGUCCGUUUCCUCCUCUGGGACUUUGCUGGACACGAGGAGUACUAUUUCACUCAUCACGUCUUCAUCACCCCAUGUGCCCUUGUUGUCUUAGUCAUUGAUCUUGCCAGGUAUAGCAUUGAAGAUCCUCAGUCUUUCAGAGACAACGUGAGUUUCUGGAUCAGAAACAUACAGCUGAGAGUUCCUGAAUCAGUUGUUCUACCUGUGGGGACCCAUACCGACAAGUGCAGAGAUCCAGCUGAAGUGAGGGAGAAAAAGAAAGACAUCGAGAGGAGAAUCAAUGACCUGCUGGAAGAGGGGAAGGAAGCUUUGAAGCAAAGGGAAAAAAAUAUUCGGGAGGAAAAGGACCCUGAGUUGUUUUCUAACCAGCUAAACACUCUUCAGCAGCUUGCUUCACUUAAACUGAGGGUCCUUGAGCUUAUAACUAUCAAUAGCACUGAACCUAGGGAAAUUGCAUUGCUCAAGAUGCACAUCCUACAUCAAGUGCAGGAGAAAGAUGUUUUUCCUAACAUAGAAAGGACACUGCCAAGCAGCUACCAGGAAGUGGAAUCUUUGAUCCAAAGUCUUUUAAAAGAAGAGGACAUUCCAGAACAUGGGAUAGUGUCUCUUGACGAACUGCUAAGCGAACUGAAGCAGAAACUUGUGAAGCUGGAUGCUGAAGAUCUCAAAUUUAUUCUGCAUUAUCUCCACCUGUUUGGAAUUGUUGUAUGGUACAAGGAUAUUCCUGCUCUUGAAGACACUGUAUUUGUCAAACCAUCUUUUCUCAUUACUUUAUUCAAGUCAAUAGUGAGGCAUGAUUUAGAGAAGGAGCUACAAGACAUCCCCAAACACCUUUUGCAAAAGGAAAGGUCUUUUGCAAAGGACAAAAAUGAAUGGAUAGAUGAAUUUAAAUCGAAAGCUACCCUGCAGAAUGCUGCCAUACGAGUCCUGGUACGAAAGUCCCUACAAACAUUGCAACUGGACCAAGAAGACUUUGUAGAGGAGAUUACUGGGACGAGGAAAAAGAAUGGCAAGAUGCUUACCCUCUUGCAGCACUUUGAGGUCUGCCUACCCUCCUUGGUCAGCAAUCCUCUUAACCCCCAGGCCCAGGUGUUCAACCCAGAAAGACCCAGGGAGUGGAAACCCUCAGAGAGCUCCAGAAAUCUGAAGGAUGGUGCCUGCUUGUUUCCAGGCUUCCUGGAGAAUAAUAAAAUAGUGCAGAAGAUGUGGGGAGACGACAAGAACGAUGACAUCACGGUUCGUGUCUACUUCCUUCCUGAUGUUCCUCAUGGCUUCUUCCACAGACUAAUCAUUAAGACCUGCUCCUACUUUUCCACUCAAUGGGUGGGAAAAGACCAGUGCUUGAUUGGCUACAGUCAAAAGCUGGUCUUGUUCAAAGAGAUCUGUGGAGAUGAAGAUCAAUACAUCGAGAUCCGCUGCAGGAGGCCAGAAACCAAUGAGACACAGCAGUCCUGGGACAUGAUCCUGGUAGUUUUAAGGAAGCUCCUGCAGCUGACGACACAAUGGCCGGGCCUCUAUGCAUGUGUCUGCAGCCCAUGCAAAGAAAACGGAUGUUCAGCCGACUUCAAAUGGGGGGACUGGCAGGAUGCCAGUUUCUCUAACAUUUAUAAGGAGGUAAAGGAAGACAAAGUAACCUGCCGCAAUGGACAUACUCGUCGAACUGAGUUGCUGUUUCCAAAAGUUCCAUGAAUGAAUGAAUUACGAGAAGACGCUUCCAAUGGAACCUAUUAGAGGCCUUCGUGAUUUCUCUUGUAAAAAAGCUG